AUGUUCAAGAAAUUUCAAAUUUGAAAUGAAAAGAAUCGCUCAAAAUUUGAAUUUUAUUUUGUUUAAAUAGCUCGGAUUUUACCAUGGAGGAAGAUUAUGAUGACAGUGAAGAGAAUUUUGAAAUUAUUGAGGAAAUUGAACUUGAAGAUGAAGGAGAAAACGCAGAGUUGGCAUACAACAUUGAAGAGAUGACUGUUGAUAACGAUCAACCAAUUAAAGAAGAAUUUGAUGAAGAUGCCGAAGAUGAGGAAAGAGAUGACUCUGAUCUGACAUUUUCACAGCAUGCAGCAUCGGUAUUUUGUGUAUCCAUGGAUCCUUUGAACUGCAGUCAUGUUGUAUCAGGUGGUGAAGAUGACAAGGCUUUUUUUUGGAAGUUAUCUGAUGGAAAGAUUGAAUUCACAUGCAAUGGUCACAAAGAUUCUGUUACCUGCUCUGUGUUUAGCCAUGAUUCAAAUUACGUUGCAACAGGUGAUAUGAGUGGCGUCAUCAAAGUAUGGUCUGUUAAAAGUGGUGUUGAAGUCUGGUCCUUUGAAACAUCUGAUUUAGAGUGGUUGAAAUGGCAUCAUAGCGCACACGUUUUAUUUGCUGGUACAGCGGACGGGGAAUUUUGGAUGUGGAAGAUUCCCGAUGGAGCGUGCAAAACCUACCAGUCCCAUGGACCUAAAACCACAUGCUCACGUCUCCUAAAAGACGGUAAACGAAUCUGCGUAGGUUAUGGAGACGGAACCCUAAAAUUGUGGGAUUUGAAAGGAGGCACUCACGAGUUCCAUGUAACAGGUGCAUAUGCACACGAUCACUCAGUCACUUCUGUUGACGUGAAUGAAGAUAACACUAUUCUCGCCAGUGGAUCCGAGGAUGGAGUGCUGAAACUGACGCACAUUGGAAACGGGAAGCUUCUUGGAAGCGUUGAAGCGGCUUUAACCAAGGAAGAGAAUGAUGUCUCUAUUGAAGCCGUAGGAUUCUCCUCGAAGCAGCCGAUUGUUGCAACCGCCUCAUUGUCUGGAAAUCUAGGAAUCUGGGAUGUCGCGUCGCAGAGAUUACGUCAUCAAUGCCAACAUCCGGCUGGAGUUACUCAACUUCACUGGGACGACUCUCUUAUUUAUACAGCAUGCUUGGAUGGUAUUUUACGGUUGUGGGACGCGCGGUCGGGAAAUUGCGAACGGGAAUGGCACGGCCACAGAGCGCCCAUAUUAGACCUUGCAGUUAGCAGGGAUAGCAGUAUUGUCAUGACGUCAUCAGAUGACGGGACUGUGAAACGAUUCAGCAUGGUUCAACCAGGAAGAUGACGUCACAAUUGAUCUCGUAUUAACUGGACGAUAAGUAUUCUUUCACUAUUGCGGUGUGCGAGAGAAUAGAAUAUUUUAAUAUUUUAUCUAUAUUCUGCUUCCCCACUGCAGAACACGUUUCAAUUUGUAUUGAAUAGAAAAUACUGUGAAAUGACUGAAAUCCCACAUAAAUGAACCGAUAUUAUACCUCAUUUACUUUGGCUAAACUGGUUCUUUUAUGCUGGGAUACUUGAAAAGCAAUAGUUGCUGCUGAGAGCCGUCUGAGCAGCAACUAUUGCCUCAUAGUUACUGGCGAGGGAGCCGAUCAGAAUGCUCGAAAGCCAUUCUUCAAUACUGAAAUUAUACUAGUAUUAAAUUUAUAUAUAUAUUAUAUAAUGCGACAGUUGCGAAUUGUUUUUUUUACAAAAUUUGUUUUGUAAAGAAGACACACACAUUUGAAAACCUAUUCUGGUGUACCGAACAUUCAAGUGCUUCAUGCAUCUUCAAGUUUUCAAUGUUAAUGCGAACGCUAAAAAUAUUUUCGAAGCAAAACUUGUUCAGAAAAAAGACGAACUGAUUAUAAAAAUCUUUUAAAGAUUUUAAAGAUAAUAAUCGAUGUACUAUAUAUAUUUUUUUUAUUCUGGGUUGCUUUUAUAAUUUCAAACACUUCACGGACCGUCUCGACGAUUCUGUGUUUAAACACUCCACCAGACUUCGUUGACGUUUCUUAUGUACCCACGUUUUUAAUACCACGCGUGCGUGUGACAUGGGGCUUUUUGCGCUUGACGUUAUAAUGAAAAAGCCUCGCGUAACAUCGUCCGCGUUGUCGUCGUUAUUUGACUCAAUGUGGUUUAAAGUUUUUCCGACAAACUUUGAAGUUAUUUUAAAGUCAGUUUAUUAAAUUAUGCUGGCCUCUGUACGGUUAGAUUAGGGACCUUAAGCAUGUAGGACGGGAACAACACGACGACGGCAGCUAUCAAUACAAUGCUUAAUUGAAAGUAAAUGAAUUAUUAAAUACCUAUGGGAGUUUUAGACGUGAUCUACGUUCUGUUUACAACGGCAAAACGUCAUUUAUUACGUCCUAUGUAAAACGUCUGCAUUUCAGGACCCAGUGAGCGUUACCUCGAAUUAGCCCUAUAGAAUUGUCCCUAAACGUAAACACAAUGUUUUCAACGUCUUAUAUCUCAUUAAAUUGGUACAGUUAAUAAUAUAGAACAACGCUUUACCAUAACAUUUAUUUAAAGUAUUCCAACCACGUAAAGUAUAAAGUUUUAGAGUAUUCCAACCACGUCGU